CCGAGCCUCAUUCCCCGCCGGGGCCGGGCCUGCCCCUGCGCUCCCCGGGCUGUCGGUGACUCGGCGGCGGCGCCCCCGUUCCCUCGGGCCUCUGCGCUUCCAUACGCCCCCCAUCCCCUCCCCCCCACCCCCUUCUCCCCGCCCGGCGGGCCGGUGGCGGCAGCCAGGAAAUGGUCCGGGCCUAGCGGAGCGGCGAACGGAGGCCUUGAGCUACUCUGGGGAGAUGGAGCGGGGCAGGAUGGGUGCUGCGGUGGCCAUAGGAAAUGGCCCUGGCAACAUGAACCGUGAAGACCGGAAUGUGCUGCGAAUGAAAGAAAGGGAAAGGCGAAAUCAAGAGAUUCAGCAGGGUGAAGAAGCCUUCCCACCCAACUCUCCUCUCUUUGCUGAACCCUACAAAGUUACCAGCAAGGAAGACAAGUUGUCCAGUCGGAUUCAGAGCAUGCUUGGUAAUUAUGAUGAAAUGGAUGAUCUUAUAGGAGACCGCUCAGUACAAAAGCUUGUUGGAAUCCCCAAACCGACCGUACCAUCGGCACCAGAUGACAAAGCAAACCAAAGCUACUUUGGUGAUCAGAGACAUAAUCCCAGCUCCCAUCAGAGCAGUAAAUGGACUCCUGUAGGACCAGCACCUAGCACUUCCUCACAAUCCCAGAAGCGGUCCUCAGGUUUACAGAGUGGGCACAGUGCUCAGCGCGGCAGUGGCAAUAACAGCGGCAGCAGCAGCCAGAGGCACGACCGUGACUCCUACAGUAGCAGCAGCAGCCGCAAAAAAAGCCAGCAUGGGUCUGAACACUCCAAACCACGUUCUUCCAGCCCUGGAAAACCAUCUGCUGUUCCCUCGUUGAGCUCCAGCCAUUCGAGAUCUCAUGGAAGUGAUCACCACAGUAAAGAACAUCAACGUUCCAAGUCUCCCCGGGAUCCUGAUGCCAACUGGGACUCUCCCUCUCGUGUACCCUCAUUUUCGAGUGGACAACACUCUAAUCAGUCUUUUCCACCUUCACUAAUGUCCAAGUCCAGUUCAAUGUUGCAGAAACCCACAGCAUACGUAAGGCCAAUGGAUGGGCAGGAAUCCAUGGAACCAAAGUUAUCUUCCGAACACUACAGUAGCCAGACUCACAGCAGCGGGGUGAAUGAGCUGAAGCCUAACAGCAAAGCACAUCUAACCAAGCUGAAAAUCCCUUCUCAGCCGCUAGAGGCAUCAGCAUCUGGUGAGGUGAGCUGCGUGGAUGAGAUUCUAAAAGAGAUGACCCAUUCUUGGCCUCCUCCACUGACUGCUAUUCAUACACCAUGCAAAACUGAACCGUCAAAAUUUCCUUUUCCAACAAAGGAGUCUCAGCAGCCCAGCUUUGGAGCGGGGGAGCAGAAACGUUACAAUCCUUCAUCGAAAACAUCCAAUGGUCACCAGUCCAAAGCAUGCGAAUCGAACCAGACAGAUAUGUUGAAAGAUGACUUAAAACUUAGCAGUAGCGAAGACAGCGAUGGAGAGCAGGACUGUGAUAAGACAGUGCCAAGGAGCACACCUGGAAGUAACUCUGAACCUUCACAGCAUAACAGUGAAGGAGCAGAUAAUUCACGGGAUGACUCGAGCAGCCAUAGUGGAUCUGAAAGCAGUUCAGGAUCUGACUCUGAAAGUGAAAGCAGUUCCAGUGACAGUGAAGCUAAUGAACCAUCCCAGAGCGCAUCCCCCGAGCCAGAGCCACCACCAACAAACAAGUGGCAACUGGAUAACUGGUUGAACAAAGUCAAUUCACACAAAGUAUCACCAGCUUCUUCCGUGGACAGCAAUAUUCCAUCUUCCCAAGGCUAUAAAAAGGAGGGACGGGAUCAGGGCACAGGGAGCGGAUACACUGAUCAAAGUGGAUCCAAGGAUUCCAUUUCCUCUACCCCGGGGCGAGAUUCCAAACCCACCCAAAAGGGCUCGGAGGGCAGUCGUGGCAGGCAGAAAUCACCUGCCCAGAGUGACAGCUCAACACAGAGGAGGACUGUAGGUAAAAAGCAGCCCAAGAAAGCAGAAAAGACAUCUGUUGAAGAGCCUAGAGGAGGUCUUAAAAUAGAAAGUGAAACCCCAGUAGACAUGGCAACAAAUAUCCCUUCCAACAGGCAUAAGGCAGCCACAAAAGGCUCCAGAAAACCCAAUAUAAAGAAAGAGCCCAAAUCUUCCCCUCGGCCUACAACAGAGAAAAAGAAAUACAAGGCUUCAAGCAAAUCUGCCCAGAAAUCCAGGGAAUUCAUAGAAACAGAUACCUCAUCCUCUGAUUCAGAUGAAAACGAGAGCCUGCCUCCUUCCUCACAAACACCCAAAUAUUCUGAGAGCAAUAGGACUCCUGUUAAAUCUUCCAUGGAGGAGGAUGACAGCUUUUUUCGGCAAAGAAUGUUCUCUCCUAUGGAAGAGAAAGAGCUUCUUUCACCACUCAGUGAUCCUGAUGAAAGGUACCCACUCGUUGUGAAGAUUGACCUGAGCCUCUUAUCAAGAAUACCAGGGAAGCCUUACAAGGAUGCUGACGCACCCAAAGUGGAAAAGAAACCCGUGCCAGAGAAGCACACGAGAGAAUCCCAGAAGCAGCCGUCUGACAAGAGUUCUACAAAAGGCAAAAGGAAACACAAGCAGAACGAGGAUGAGAACAGAGGCAGUGAAAGCAAGAAAACAAAACUGGAAGAAAAAGCUCCAUCAGGACACAAGACUUCCAGCAGCAGGGAGUCCUCAAAGCCAAGUGCUAUUAAAGAGAAGGAUUUGCUGCCGUCUCCUGCUGCCCCAGUCCUGCAGAAAGAUGCCAAGCAAGAGCAUGGCUCCCGGAAGAGGACGAUCAGUCAGUCCUCGUCCCUGAAGUCCAGCAGCAACCUUGGCAAGGAGGGCAGUGGUGGCAGUAAGGGCAGCUCCUCUUCCAAACAGAAGAAAACAGAGGGCAAGGGUUCUAGCAGUGCUAAAGAAACCAAGGAAAAGAUUCUGAACAAUUCAUCCAGCUGCCCUCCUGUGUCUGCUCAGUCUGCAGAGAGCUCCAAGUCAAGAAGAGCAAAACUUGUUUUCGAUGAUAGGACUUACUCAGCUGAUCAUUAUUUGCAAGAAGCAAAGAAGCUAAAACAUAAUGCUGAUGCAUUGUCUGACAGGUUUGAGAAGGCUGUCUACUACCUAGAUGCUGUAGUGUCGUUCAUUGAGUGUGGGAAUGCAUUGGAGAAAAAUGCUCAGGAAUCCAAGUCCCCGUUCCCUAUGUAUUCAGAAACUGUGGAAUUAAUCAAAUACACUAUGAAGCUGAAGAAUUACUUGGCACCUGAUGCCACGGCUGCAGAUAAAAGGCUAGCAGUGCUUUGUCUGCGGUGCCAAUCUCUGCUAUACCUAAGGCUUUUCAAGCUGAAGAAGGAAAGUGCAUUGAAAUAUUCUAAAACUCUGACUGAACAUCUGAAGAAUUCCUAUAAUAAUUCUCAAGCACCAUCACCUGGUAUGGGAAGCAAGCCCGUGGGUAUGCCAUCUCCAGUCUCCCCAAAGCUGUCUCCAGGGAAUUCAGGAAAUUACUCUUCUGGGGCAGCCAACCCUUCAGGAAGUGGGUCCUCGGUGACGAUCCCCCAGAGGAUCCAUCAGAUGGCUGCCAGCUAUGUCCAGGUUACAUCCAACUUCCUCUAUGCCACUGAAAUAUGGGACCAAGCCGAACAGCUGUCUAAAGAACAGAAAGAGUUCUUUGCUGAACUGGAUAAAGUUAUGGGCCCUCUGGUUUUUAACUCGAGCAUCAUGACAGACCUAGUGCGUUACACCCGUCAGGGACUACACUGGUUGCGCCUGGAUGCCAAGUGAUAUUUGGAACUAAAGGAAUGGAAACUCAAACACAUUUUUCUCGCUGCCUCUGAUUUAUCUCCACAACACUGUGUCAUGUCAAUAAGGAAGACUGCCAUAAUACAUUGCUUAGUUGACACUAAGAGCAAAGAAUGCUUUCACAUGUCUCCCAUCCUCAUUUGUGUUUUGUGUUUUAACCCCAAAUCAUUUGGUUAUUGGACUGCUUCAGUAUUCCCGGUUUAAGUUAUUUAAGUAUUUUAUAAUUUGCUACAUAGAAAGGAGUAGUUUUGCUGAUCUGUCAUGGGCAGAUCACUGGAAUUCCAGUCACAAUACAGGAAGAGUCCAUUUAAAUCCUAUUUAUUUGAAUUUUUUUAAUUUUAAGUUUGAACAGCCCGGUUUUGGGGCAGUUCUUAGUUAUUCCCUAAAUUUAUCCUUUCGAGUACUUAGCGGAAAUUAAACAUAGACACUUUAUUUAAGUACUUUGUGAGCUUUGUUACUCUGUAAUGUCUUGUGGUGGUAGAGCCUGUAAAGGAAGUAGGGUUGAUAGGUUCUAACGUGUAGGGACACCAUACUUUCCAUGCCUAAUGCCUACGAGUCAACUAAUAAAUGACAACUACAGAUUUAUUAUUGCAGAAUUUGUACUAAAUAGAAAAGUUCCAGAUAUUCUUCUAUGUAUUAAGAUACUUCAUUUAAAUGAAUUAUAAAGAAAUUUAUAUGGAAAAGUAUUUAGCUGGAUCUGACUUGGAUGGUUUUCCAGGCAGUUUCCAAACAUGGAUUAACACUAUAACAAUCACAAAACAUUACAGUGAUUUGCGUUCAAUGUGAGAUCGAAGAAAUGGUGUAGGAAUGAGCUUCAGCCCGGCAGGUGCGAUGCAGACAGGAAAGGUUUCUGAAAAGGACAAUCUUGUGCUUUUUUGCAUCUCUUCAUUUGAAAUACCUUUUGUUUCCGUGCUUGUCGUUUCCUGACACCUCCGGAGUCGGUGAACUUUGUGGUGGACAAACCCAACAGCAGUUAAGUUCCUACCAGAACUGUCAUUUGCAUCUUUUCCAUUGACUGAGAAACCAGGAAACUUUAGAAACCGAGGUCCAUUUUUUCCUUUUAGGGUCUGAUAGGUGAUGGACACUACAGGAUGACAGUGCAAGAGCCGUCGUGGGGUGGGAGCACACCUGCUAUUACAGGGAGAGUGACUGUUGUGAUGCAGAAUGGAUUUAAAACUUGUAUUUACCCCGUGUUGAUGAAGGUCCCGUUAAUGUUUGAUGGAGCAUAAUACUCACUUGCGAGGGAGCGACUUGGUGCAACAGAAGUGGUUGAUGGAGUUGCAGUUGCCUGCUCUCAAAAAGUGAAAACCAAAGUACCUUUCCACGUGAGGUGCUUGUCUGAGUUAAUGGUUUAAACUGCUACUGCUUUCAGUAUCGCUUAGUGCCCCUACCAUGUCUGGUGUGCCUUAUGCCUUACUUUUAGAUGAAGAUUUUAUGAACUGUUUACAAGAUGUUUUACAGCAGGACCAGGUAUAUACUGUAUGCAGUGGUCUUCUGCAGUACUCUGGUAAAAUUCCAUUUCCUUUCUAAAAGUCCUAGUGUCCGUCACACAAACUGACUUCUCAUUGCGGUGGUCUCCUUCUGAAGAGUCCAACUCUGAAUCCUUUGGAGUGAGAUUGUGGAAUGCUGCUUUGUUUUCUCUCCCACUUCACCUUUUCUUCCAUACCAGAUAUGAACGUGCAUGUUCAGGAAAAUGAUUGCACUAAAUUUUGUGUGUAGUUGUAGUUAAGUGCCAAACUCACGGCAACCUCGCGAGAAGGAAUAGAAUUCUACGCUCUCAGUACUGCAGUAUGUCCUAUGGGCUUUAAGAGUUUAGAAGUUUUGCAAUUAGUAACCUACUAAAGGUAGCUGCAUAUUCGUAGAGCUUCCUUUGCGUUCCAGCGUGUUUUGUACUUCCAGAAAAGCUUUGCUACGUACGAAUGGAUGGAUACAUGAGCAACAGACCUGUGACUCUUCCCAUGACAGCUGAAUUUCCUCUUCAGGUCUGUUGGAACAUCCUUUUCCUUGAAUCACUGUGCAAGGUCACGUUUCUGUUAGCGUUUGCUGUUUGAGACAGAAUCUGUACCCUCAGACUCCACAUCUUGGCUAAUGGGACACUGUCAACUCUUUUUCCUUUAAUACUCUAAAGUGCCUAGCACACUUUUGACGCUAUAUAAAAGAUACCUUCAUAGAAGUUGCAGUCAUCGUUUCUUUUUUGUGUAGUGCUGCACUAGCCGGCAUGGCUGCGUUCUGGCUUGCUCCGUUGUGCACAGGUACCAUUCCUGGUAGUGGGAAUGGGCUCAUCUCUGGGAAUUAUUUUUCUUUUCCUUAACUAGAAUCCCACAAAUACCUUUUGGUGUCACGUUCAAUUGGUCUCUGAAAAACAUAUCGCUUAUCCCUAGAUCAGUGGAUCUUUAUGGUCUUUGAACAACCACGAGACGUUAUUGUAGGAAUCAACCGGGUUGGAAAAGACCUUUAAGACCAUCAAGUCCAACUGUUCCCCAGCACUGCCAAGGCCACCACUAAACCGUGUAACUAAGAGCCUCAUCUGCAUGGUUUGUGGACACUUCCAGGUACAGUGACUCCAGCACUGCCCUGGGCAGCCUCUUCCAAUGCCUGACCACCCUUUGGGGAAGGAAUUGUUCCUAAUAUCCGGUCUAAACCUCCCCUGGUGCAGCUUGAGGCUGUCUCCUCGUGUUCUAUCACUCGUUACUUGGGAGAAGAGACCAGCCCCUGUACAUCAUGUCAAAAUGUGGACCUGACUGGUUGAAAGUGUCCCACCUGGACAGUGGGUUUUCAGGGUGCAAUAUCCCUGGAGCACUGUCCCAGGCCGCUUGCCAUACAGGAGAUAUUGGUGGCCUCAUGAAUUGAAAAGAAAUGCCUUAUGCAUCUGUGGCUAGUUCAAACGGAUAAACUUCCCCAUUCCAAAAGCACACCUAAUUUUGGGAUGUACUGUUGUUUCCGGGAGGAAAGUGAUGUACUCUGUCAGAUUCUGUAGCUAAGUGCUCAAUAGGCUUCCAUCCCUCUGUCCUAGUGCAGGCGAUGCGUCUCACCCUGUUCUUCCAUAGCAGUGACACACGUCACUGGGGUACCAGUACGCGUUGCACUAGUGACAAACGAGGGAAUCCUGAACUCCUGCCUUCCCAGAUGGAUCCCCCAGACACUUGUCUGUUAAAUACAUAUCAAUGCUGUGAUUUUAAUUCCCUCGCUGACUGUGGUCCUAGUUGGUGAAUCUUAAUAAUGGCUUACUCAGACUAGGCUUGCUCAGCUAUCAGUGCUGUCUGAACCCGCUCUCAGACUUCAGGGUCCUGGGUGAUAAGGUGCAACCAUCAGUAAGUCUAAACAAAUAUUCAGGACACCAGAGAGAAACAGCCCUAGACUUUUCUUUUGAUUUAAAACUAUUAGCCAUAAAGCAGAGCAUCUGGGUGGCUCUUCUUGGCUUUCGAUGGCAGUAUGCAAUUUGUAUUGUAUGUGUCUUUUAAUAUAUAUGUAUAUAUAUAUGAACUCAGUCUGUCCAAAGUAUAUGUUAUACUUGUUUUUAGA